AUGACAAAUUCUGAAAAAGCCGAUGAUAAUUCUGUUAUUGUCUUGCUCAAUAUUCGUGAAUAUUUAACUUUUUUCAAUUGCAAGAAUCCGCCUUUUGACGUGGUUAUUCAGAAACCAAAUGGUAGCUUCAGCCAUUUUGGCACUGGCCCAUUGUGGCAAUCGUGGCUGGCUAAAAAGCUCAACUUCACUUAUUCCUACCGAUAUUUGAUUUCAAACAAAACGAUGAUCGAGAAAUAUGGCGAAUCGACUAUCGAGCUGUGUCUUCGUCUAGUGGCAGAUAAUGAAGCUGAUGCAUGUGGCAAUGGGAUAAUCGCUACCCCGGAAAGAAAAAAGAAUUUGGAUUUUUCUUAUUUCGUUUGGACAGAACCGUACUCCAUGGUGGUACCUCAACCCGAGGAGGAGCCGCGACUCUUUGCUUUCGUUCGGCCAUUUCAGCCACCAGUCUGGCUACUCCUUUUUAUAACCAUAAUCGCAGUGGUGUUUUCAAUGAGUCUGUUUUCAAAAAUUUCCAUCUCCACCUUGAAAAAUAAUUCCCAUGGAGGGUUGAAAUUCAGUAAGCAAUCGACAACAUUGUUCAACUUCGCCAGCUCUUACUUGGUGUAUGUUAUAAACAUAAUAACAAAUCAAGGUGGUAACAUUCCUGUAAUCCGUUUUUCGUUCCGGAUUCUUGUCGGAGGUUGGCUGUUGGUGGCUACGGUUUUAGUCAAUAGUUAUUCUGGUACUGUCGUUUCAUACCUAACCGUCCCUAAAAUGAAACCGCCCAUCAACACAUUUGAAGACUUGGCCAAUAGCAAAGAUGUUGGAAUCUUAAUCAAAGAAGAUGUUGUCAUCGGCUUACAAAUAUUGGCAGCUCAAUCAGGAGUUCUUAAAACUCUAGCGGAUCAAGCUCGACGCAAUCCAGAUCAGAUUUUUAAAGAUCAAUCGAAAAUCGACGUUCGUUUAGCUAGUGGGCAUUACGCUUAUGCUUUUCUUCAAACGUACUGCAAAUUUUUCAUCGCUAACCAAUUGAAAAAGGAUGGCAUCUGCCGAUUCAAAAUGACGGACCCCCUAUCGUUUGACAAUGGAUUCUGGUCAAUCGCCUUUCGAAAGGACAGCAAGAUCACGGCGAAUAUAAAUGACGCGUACAUUCAUUUAAUUUAA